CAAGAUCAACGAAGGGUACCAGGAGCUGCAAAAGCUUCUUGGAGUGGAGAACAUCGAAAAAGCAACUCUCUUGACACAGGCCGCUGACUACACUCGCCAGCUCCAGGCAGCAAUGAGGCAGCUACUGGAGCUGCAGGGCGCAGCAAAGCUGCCAGAGGACAUGCAGUGGGCCAUCCGCAUGUUGCUGCCGCGCCCGGCUGGCUCGCCCGCACCUGUGGCCCCGGCCGCUGCAGCGGCUGCAGUUGCUAUGGCUUCCAGUGCAGGCGCAGGGGGCGCUGAGGGUGCCGGUCACGCUGCAGCGCUCGCUCUGCUGGCCGAGCAUGCGCAGCAGGCUCAGGCACACGCCGUUACGCAAGGCAAUCAGGUCGGCGUUGCGGGUGGCGCAGGCGCGUUCCAGCCGGCUUCGGCAGCGCCGCCGCAGCAGCAGGCUUUCCAGGGCGCUGCCGGCCCGGCAGCCGGCGGCAACGGCGAUCCCAACAGCGCGCUUCAGGCUGUGCUGGCGUCCAUGCAGCAGCAACAGCAGGCCGCCAGCCAGCAGGCAGCUUCCCAGCAGCUGCAGGGGUGGCAAGGUGCUGGGAACAUUCUGCAGGCGCUGCAGUUGCAGCAGCUGCUGUCGGGCAUGGCGCCGGGGCUGGCUCCGCAGCAGGCCAACCAGCCGCAGCUCAACAACCUCAACCUGCUCCUGCCCCAACUCGCCAACGUCGUGCAGGUGCCUCAGCAGCAGGCGCCCAAUCAGGGCCAGAUGGAGGCUGGCCAGCCGAAUGAGGGAGACAGCGGCGCCACAGCCUCUUCUGGCUCCCCAGGCCAUGCCGUAUCCCAGCAGGCCUGAAUUUAGCUGCCCAAAACUCCCGCUGUCAGCGUCGCGAGUGCUCAACUUAAAAAUGUCUUUGCCCACCUUACGCAAAUACUUUGACAUCGCAACAGCCCAGGAUGGAUAAAACAUACUCUACACGGCUUCCUUGAACUGUCGAGAUGCGAUGCAUUCAAGUGGAUUGACUCCCUGGCGAAUCGUAUAAAGCGAGUCUUUGAAGUGGCACUUUGGAAGCAUUGCAGAUGCCAGAUGUCGCUCCUUUGAGAGAUGCCAUUGAAGUUUUGCAGGUCUUCUUAUGCUUGCUACAGACGAACUUAAUAAAAGAUGACACGUCAAACACAGUCAGCGAUUGACAAUCUUAUGGAUAAUGAGGGUGGACUAUUGCACAUGUGCAACUGCAACCAACACAGUGCUCUGUAAAACUUGUUACCGGC